UCAGCUUGACAUAUGAGUGCUCAGCCUAGCACGCACACAAACACACAUACAAACACACACGAAAGCAUAGAUAGGUAUGCGAGUAUACAGACAUAUGCAUCACACCCGAGCCUAAAAUCCCUUUGGAAAUCACCAAAAGAUGCUACAGAGGGAAUAGAGAAAAGACCCAGACUGUGCGAGUGUUGACACAUAAUUCAGGGGGCCUGAAGUGAGGAGACAAGUUGCUCGGCUGGUUUGUCAGACUCAGACCCACUGGUCGUCCAGCGCUCCAGUCAUCGGCAGCAGGUAAAGGACUCACUCACAGACAGAUUUACCCACACUCUGAAUGUUGUCAUUUCUUCUCUGAGCCGCGUGAAUUUUGACAAAAGGUGGGGCCGUGCUGACAUUAUCCACCAAACAUCAUGGACCAGGAGGAAGACAAAAACUCUGUGGAUUUCCAUGACAACCCUCCAGCUCCUGACAACGUAGUGAGAGAGGACGGAGACACAGUCUAUUUCAUAUAUGAUGAGGAGGUGGAGGUGGAGGAGAAGGAACCAGAACCUCCUCCUCCUGUUGUCCGAAUCAACGACAAACCCCACAAGUUCAAGGACCACUACUGCAAAAAACCCAAGUUCUGUGACGUCUGCGCUCGUAUGAUAGUCUUGAACAACAAGUUUGCUCUGAGGUGUAAAAACUGCAAGACCAACAUCCACCACUCAUGUCAGUCCUAUGUCGAGUUCCAGAAGUGCUUUGGCAAAAUUCCACCUGGCUUCAGAAGGGCCUACAGCUCCCCGCUGUACAGCAGUGACAUACCAGAUCCAAACAACCCGAACCGGAACGACCCAGUCUUUGACACCCUGCGUGUCGGUGUCAUCAUGGCAAAUAAGGAGCGCAAAAAGAAUGAAAAUGACAAGAAAAAUCUGAUGGUGAUGAUGGAGGAAGAAGAAGAGGAGAACCAACGGCCCAAAGAGAACGAGGAGGGAGGAGAAGGGAAACCUGAUGAUAAGAAGGAGAAAGGAGGAGACAAAGCAGAUGACAAAAGUAAAGGUACAUUCUCCCAGACCCACUAUUACCUGGCUCUCUACCGCUUCAAGGCCAUAGAGAAAGACGAUCUUGACUUCCACCCUGGUGAUCGUAUCACAGUACUGGAUGACUCCAAUGAAGAGUGGUGGAGGGGAAAGAUGGGGGACAAGUCGGGCUACUUCCCCACCAACUACCUCAUAAAAGUGCGUGCAUCAGAAAGAGUUUUUAAGGUGUUACGUUCCUUCGUAGGGAACAGAGAGAUGGGUCAAAUCACACUGAAGAAAGAUCAGAUUGUGGUUAAGAAAGGAGACGAGAAAGGCGGCUACUUGAAGGUCAGCACUGGACGCAAGCUGGGCUACUUCCCUGCUGAUCUGCUGGAGGAGAUCACUGUGACAUAAAAAGCACGACAUGCAAUGAAAGAGCCUGCAACACACUUUAAAAAGUAGCAAAAAUUGGAGACAUCACUGUUCAGAAGAUCCUCCUGAUCUUUUCUAUAGUUGUUAACCAAAACAAAAUAUCAAAAUGAGCUCUUUUUGUGUCUGUCACAGCAGAAAUGUAUUUCCUGUGAUGUAUCUGUGACUUUGACACAAAGUGAAGCAUGAGAAAGGAGAGAAUAAUGAUUCACAUACAUUAAAAUAUUUGUAAGAGGCAAUCAGGUGAUGUAUUGGCUUUGUCGUGACUAGCAUGGUAAAACAAAGGUCAGAUCCCUUAAGUUACUACAGCGAUUAUAGCUAGCAUAAAGGAGAACAAUUGAGACAACCUGGAGAGCUUGCGAGAGGUCAUAAAUGAAUGCAUUAUUGAUAUGAAGGCAGACAAUUAACUCUAACUCAUUCAUUCUAAAUCAAUUUGACAAAGUGGACAAAGAGAGUUCAUGUUACAUCUCACAGCAUAUUAUUUAAGUUUGGCCAUAACAAAACCUCUGAGUACCCUUCAUUGUACUUUCAGGCUAAGUAUUUUUAUGAUAGUUAUUAUUGUCUAAUAAAAUAUCGAAAGACUUGUUUGCUGCCAUUUUCAAGGCUCUCUAGGUCCUAUAUAGUUACUUAUAAAUACUAUAGGGUCCAAAGCCAUUUCAACAUGUACAUUAUGUUAACAAAAAGAGUGAACAGUGCAAAGACAAUUUCCUAGAUUGGGCUUGUACAAAAUUUCACGUUAACCUGACAAACUGAAGAAAGGCUAUAUGAAAACAAAUUGUGUAUAAAAACAGAAAUACUGCUCAGAAUGGUCUCAAAUGUUUACACUAUUUGCUGCUAAUAAAUUGAAUGCCUGAAGUUUAAAUGUUUCAAAAAGGAAACCUGAAGUGCACUUAAAAAGUUCCUGUGAAACAUCCUUUAAUAUGUUUCCAAAAAAGGCAAUGUGGUAUUUAAAAACAAAGGAAGAGACAGAGAGAUGCAGAGGGGCCUCUCUUGAUGUGCUGGAUAGUAGCACUUGUUACUGUUGCUGCAAGUUAUCCAUAGCUUACAAUGGCGUUUUAACUCACAUCAUAUCCUGUAUUUAUGUUAAGACUGGCAGCUGCAAUCCAGUUAAAAUUGAGUUUGAAGUUGGAGUGGGAUUAUCAACUCUGGACAGAAAAACAUCAUGUGACCCAGCAGCAAAUAUCCUUCUAAAUAAAAUGCAUCAAUAU